GUUUCCGGUCCGGCCCGUGUGCCUCCGUGUGCUUGUGAAGUUCGGCUGGUGUUGUUGUGUCGGUUCCGUGUCUUCAGACUGCUUUUCUCUUUCAGGGGGACGCUGCUGGACCCGGGCCUCGUCCUGCUCACCUUGACCAGGUAAACGGAGGAUUUGAGUCCGGGCGGCGAGGGGUCCAAACAUGUCUUCUGGACUCGUGGAUCCUCCUCCAGGAGGAGGACCAAUCUGUGAGCUGCUCCUGAGGGACGAGGAGGUGAGGAGCAGGGAAGUGGGCUGCCAGUGGGAGAGUCCAGCGGAGGACCGGAAGGAGGUGGGCUGUCAGAGCGACUCAGCAGAGACCAGAGACGCUGCCGUCCAGGUGGACCUGCUGACCCAGCAGCUGUCAGGUUCUUCUGCAGUGCUGUUGCAGUGUUUAGCUGUCAGACCUGAUGGUCCAGAUGGGGGCGCUCUCCUGCAGCACUGUACCGGCAGCCGGACCAGAACCCGACCAAUCCAACCUGCCGCCAAACGUCAGGUGACCCUUCAGAUCUCCCCCGAUGCCCCACAUGCCCCCGAACCCCCCCAGUCCAGAUCCAGGACCAGAAGAAGACUGGCUCCCAUGAGCGAGAGGGAUGAGCAGCAGAACUCGAUGUCCAGCAGACAAAGAGCAACUGCACGAAGACGAAAACGGCGACGGCAACAGGAAGAAGACAAUGAUGAAGAGGAGGAGGAGGAAGAGGGGGAGGAGCUGGACCCAAGUGAUCCCACCUGGACAACAGCUGCAGGAGGUGUUGACUCCAACCGCCCCCCCCUCAGUCAGAACCCCCAGCAGGACUCAGAUUCCCAGAGUGCACCUGUGCGUGCGGUGAAGCUGGAGCUGGACAGCACCAUGUGCGACGUCUGUGGUAAAGUGAUGAAGAAUAAGGCGAGUCUGGCCCGCCACUCAUUCAUCCACACGGGCAUGAAGCCGUACGCCUGCCACCUUUGUGAGCUGCGCUUCAACCGCCGUGACAACCUGCAGUACCACCUGAACCGCCUGCACCCCAACGGCGUGACCAAGCUGGAGAAGCAGCGCGACGUACAGGCGUGGCUGUGUGCCGUCUGUGGUAAAACCUUCAACUGCAGGUCACGGUUGAAGACACACGAGGUCAUCCACUCUGGGGUCAAACCUUUCGGCUGCGACCUCUGCCCCAAGGCCUACAUGAGGGCCAACGACCUGGAACACCACAAGAAGAUCGUCCACGUCAACGGCGCUGCGGAGCCUCAGCGACCGAGUUCGCUGCUUUGCGAUUUCUGCGGCAAAGAGUUCAAGUGCAGGUCUCAGCUCGCCAUCCACUUCCAGACGCACACCGGCGAACGGCCACACCUCUGCGAUAUCUGCGGGCGCAAAUUCGCCCGUCAGUACCAGCUCAAACGCCACAAGAUCCUAGUCCACGUCAAUCAGUCGAUGGGCGAAGACAACCCGCUGCCGGAUGCGCUGUUCACUUGUGCCAUCUGCGGGAAGCGAAUGAAGUCUGAAGCUCUUCUGGCCGCUCAUUCCCGCAUCCACACAGGUGAUAAGCCGUUCCGCUGCGGCCUCUGCCUGUGCAGCUUCCAGCGCGCCACCUGCCUGAAGCAGCACCACGCACGCAUUCACCUGAAGAUCAAGGCCAACGACAAACCCAACGCCGCCGGACGCAAAAAGAGCACCGCCGCAGUAAAGGCGUUCCCCUGUCCCAUCUGCGGCAAGGUCUUUAAAUUCAGGUCGCUGCUGGCGAGCCACUCUAUCAUCCACAGCGACAUGCGACCAUACGCCUGCGAGUUCUGCAGCCGCAGCUUCAGACGCCUCAGUCACCUGAAGAGACACCGUGAGGUCGUCCACGCCAAUGGUGCGCGACCACCGCAGAGCUUCGUCUGUCACAUCUGCGGCAAAGACAAGAAGUGUCGGUCGCAGCUUGCCCGUCACGUCAUCAUCCACACGGGGGAGCGUCCGUACGCCUGCGACCUCUGUUGUGCCCGCUUCAACCGCACCGGAAACCUGAAGCAGCAUAAGAAACGCAUGCAUGGCGUGGGAAAGCAGCCGGAGGACGAGACCCCGCCCAUCCUGUUUGAUGACAUGGAAGGCGUGGACAUGACGCCCGCCCUGACCUACAAACAGGAGGAGACAGUGGUGUCCAUCGACACCGCGGCAGACGUGUUUGAGGUGACGAUAUGCGACGACCCAGACGCCAGCGCCGCAGAGCACCUCAUCACUACCUGACAGCAGAACACGUCUGAACUGAGCACGCUCAGUCAGUGUCAGUUUGGAACAGACUCGAACACGCUGACAGAACCAGAGUCGUUCGGUUGAGACCUGAGAAUGUUUUCAGAAGAUCCACGUCAUGUUUGGAUAUGGAGAGGAUUUUGGUGUUUAACUGAUCGAGUCGAUCUGAUCAUUUGUUCUUUGUUUAGAGAAACUUUUCCUUUUGAAUAUUAAAGAUCUUGUGACAACUGAUAAGACACACUGAUCAAAGCUGAUGUUUAAAGAUGUGCUGAUUUAUGUCUUCAUAAACUGGUGAAUUUCCAAGAAAAUGAGCCUCGUCUGCCAUGAAUAAUGUCCUGUCAUUAAAACUGCACCUUCUUCUGA